GGUGUAUGGUGACACCCCUGUCUGCCUCUCCUCGUCCUCUCCCGGCUGGCGGUGACUGGCCACAGCUGCAGCGGGUCCGGGGCGUAGGGCCUGGAUUUUUUUGUGACACCUUAAACAUGAGCCCCACACAGUGGGACUUCCCUGUGGAAUUAUGUUGUCGGCCUAUGGCUUUUGUUACUCUUACGGGCCUGGAUGUAGUUUAUAAUGCUGUCCAUCGAGCUGUCUGGGAUGCUUUUUGUGCCAAUCGGAGAGCUGAUCGGGUACCGAUUUCUUUCAAGGUGCUCCCAGGUGACCAUGAGUAUCCCAAAUGUAGACCCAAGAGAACUUCUUAUGAAUGGUACAUUCCUAAAGGAAUCUUAAAGACUGGCUGGAUGAAUAAGCAUCUGAAUCUAGUACCAGCCCUGGUGGUUGUGUUUUAUGAACUGGACUGGGAUGAGCCUCAGUGGAAAGAAAAGCAGUCCGAGUGUGCUACCAGAGUGGAAAUAGUCAGGCAAAGUUUACAAGGAAGAAACACAAAAGUUGCAGUGGUUCUGAUUCAGAAGAAAACCCCUUUGCCCCCAGGAGAAGAUGUCAUUGCUUCAGAAAGGGCCGCAGCUUUAUGUAAUGCAUGUGAACUCUCAGGAAAGUCAUUGUUUGUACUGCCCCACACUGACCAUCUAGUGGGUUACAUUAUAAGAUUAGAAAAUGCUUUUUAUGAACAUGCACAGACUUACUAUUACACUGAGAUCAGAAGAGUGAAAUCCCAUAAAGAAUUUUUGAAUAAAACAACACACCAGCUUUUAUUUGUUAGACAUCAGUUCAAAAUAGCCUUCUUCAGUGAGUUGAAACAAGAUACACAAAAUGCUCUGAAAUGUCUGUGGAUUGAUGAUGUGUGGGCAAAUAGAUACUUAAUUGUGGGUAUUUGUAGGCUAUGUUUUCAACACAACACCCCAUUGGAUGCAAUUGCUCAGUUCCGAAAACACAUCGACUUGUGUAAGAAAAAAAUUGGAAGUGCGGAGUUGUCCUUUGAGCAUGCUGCAUGGAUGUCUAAACAAUUCCAGGCCUUCGGAGAUUUAUUUGAUGAAGCUAUUAAGUUAGGGUUAACAGCUAUUCAAACUCAGAAUCCUGGUUUCUAUUACCAGCAGGCAGCAUACUAUGCCCAGGAGCGGAAGCAGCUUGCAAAAACCCUCUGCAACCAUGAUGCUUCUGUAAUGUAUCCCAAUCCUGAUCCUUUAGAAACACAAACAGGUGUUCUUGACUUUUAUGGACAAAGAUCAUGGCGACAAGGAAUAUUAAGUUUUGAUCUUUCUGAUCCUGAAAAAGAGAAGGUGGGAAUUCUUGCCGUUCAGCUGAAGGAGAGAAAUGUUGUUCAUUCUGAAAUGAUAAUAACUCUUCUGAGCAAUGCUGUUGCACAAUUCAAGAAGUAUAAAUGUCCAAGAAUGAAAAGUCACCUAAUGGUUCAAAUGGGAGAAGAAUAUUAUUAUGCAAAGGAUUAUACCAAAGCUUUGAAGUUGCUGGAUUAUGUGAUGUGUGAUUAUAGGAGUGAAGGAUGGUGGACUCUCCUCACGUCUAUACUGACUACAGCUCUGAAGUGUUCCUACCUCAUGGCCCAAUUAAAGGAUUACAUUACUUACUCCCUAGAACUCCUAGGAAGAGCUUCAACUCUGAAAGAUGACCAGAAAUCUCGGAUAGAAAAGAACCUCAUAAAUGUUUUAAUGAAUGAAAGUCCUGAUCCAGAACCCGACUGUGAUAUAUUAGCUGUGAAAACUGCUCAGAAGCUGUGGGCGGAUCGAGUUUCUCUGGCUGGCAGCAAUGUUUUCACGAUAGGUGUACAGGACUUUGUGCCAUUUGUACAAUGCAAAGCCAAGUUUCAUGCCCCAAGUUUUCAUGUUGAUGUUCCUGUUCAAUUUGAUAUUUAUCUGAAGGCUGAUUGUCCACAUCCCAUUAGGUUUUCCAAGCUUUGUGUCAGCUUUAAUAACCAGGAAUACAAUCAGUUCUGUAUUAUAGAAGAAGCCACCAAAGCAAGUGAAGUUUUAGAAAAUCUGACUCAAGGAAAGAUGUGCUUAGUUCCUGGUAAAACAAGAAAAUUGUUAUUUAAAUUUGUGGCAAAAACUGAAGAUGUGGGAAAGAAAAUUGAGAUUACUUCAGUGGAUCUGGUUCUGGGCAACGAGACGGGAAGAUGUGUGGUUUUAAAUUGGCAGGGAGGUGGAGGAGAUGCCGCUUCCUCCCAAGAAGCCUUACAGGCAGCACGUUCUUUCAAAAGACGGCCUAAGCUACCUGACAAUGAGGUUCACUGGGACAGCAUCAUAAUUCAGGCAAGCACAAUGAUCAUUUCCAGAAUUCCAAACAUUUCUGUACAUCUGCGACAUGAGCCUCCUGCCCUGACAAAUGAAAUGUAUUGCUUGGUUGUGACUGUUCAAUCUUAUGAAAAGACCCAAAUCAGAGACAUGAAGCUCACUGCUGGUUUAAAACCAGGACAGGAUGCCAAUUUAACUCAGAAAACUCAUGUGACUCUUCAUGGAACAGAACUAUGCGAUGAGUCCUACCCAGCUUUACUGACUGACAUUCCUGCUGGAGACUUAAACCCAGGAGAGCAGCUGGAAAAAACUUUAUAUGUUCGCUGUGGAACAGUGGGUUCGAGAAUGUUUCUUGUAUAUGUUUCUUAUCUGAUCAAUACAACUGUUGAAGAAAAGGAAAUUGUUUGCAAGUGUCACAAGAAAACUCAUCCUAAAGGAGUUGUCUUACAGACUGGAGAGAGUGCUAGUGAAUGCUUUUGUCUUCGGUGCCCUUCUGUUGGAAAUGUUGAAGGUGGAGUAGCAACUGGACAUUAUAUUGUCUCCUGGAAGAGGACUUCAGCCAUGGAAAACAUUCCUGUCAUCAGUACUGUCAUCACUCUGCCACAUGUGAUUGUAGAAAAUAUCCCUCUUCAUGUGAACGCAGAUCUGCCAUCGUUUGGGCGUGUUAGAGAAUCAUUACCUGUCAAGUAUCACCUACAGAAUAAGACUAACUUAGUUCAAGAUGUGGAAAUUUCUGUGGAGCCCAGUGAUGCCUUCAUGUUCUCAGGUCUUAAACAGAUUCGACUACGUGUCCUACCUGGCACCAAACAGGAAAUGCUAUAUAAUUUCUAUCCUCUAAUGGCUGGAUACCAGCAGCUGCCAUCUCUCAACAUCAACUUGCUUAGAUUUCCUAACUUCACAAAUCAGCUGCUCAGGCGUUUUAUCCCUACCAGUAUUUUUGUAAAGCCACAGGGUCGACUUGUGGAUGAUACUUCUAUUGCUGCUGCGUGAUGUUCAAGACGGACCCUGGGCUGUUCUUCCGAGAAGUUAGCCAGAGCUGUGUAGGUGUUUCAUUGUGAACUUUAGCUUUGAUCAUGGUAAAAAGUUAAUCUUUUCUAUUUUUUAAUGGAUGGUAUACCAACUCUUCAGAGGAUUUCAUACUUGUAAUUAGGAAAAUCUACCUUCUCUUAUAGUUUCACUAAUAAAUAUUUGAAAUCUGUCAGUGUGACAUGAAAGGA